AUGAGCGAUGCCACUUACUCGCCGGAGCUUGGACUCGUUAUCUGUCUUCUUUUCGUCUGCAUUGAGUUCCUCCAAGGCAACUACCAUGCCGCCUUCACCCAUUUGAGGAACGGCUUCAAACUAGUGUACGCGCCCCGCAUGGCACUACCGAGCUAUCGGGGCUCAUUACAAACCACGUAUCCCCCAAAGGUAGCAUUGGACGGGUCCGGACCUUCGAGAAGCUCAACAGAAGACAAGUUGAUGUCCAUCUUCACCCGCGGCAUGGCGCAAGCUUUGCUCUAUGGCGCCAGAAUUCAGGAAGAUUUGGAGAUAUUGCAAGUGAUGCCUGCUUCGUACUCCAAGCGCUCAUUUGCGAGUCUCUCCGAGGCGCACCAGGCCUACUUCGAGCUUCGCAAUGCAUCUAUAACUCAUCUGUAUAUUAUGGGAAGAAGAUCACUCGUUCGGCAGAAUCCUAGUCUUGAACUGUAUCGAGAACGCGACAAUCUGUUGGCGUGCCAUCAUCUCUGGUACGAGAACAUGCAGCGCUUCGAGAAGUAUCAUGCGCUCUCGAACGAUGAAUUAAUGGCUGCGAACGCCCUCAAGGUUUCGUAUCACACGACGUUUGUUUACGUAUCAUGCUCAGCAACAGUCAUCGAGAAGACAUACGACAACUAUCUAGAUCACUUCAAGAAGAUCCUGCAUCAUGCCCAAGCAAUCAUCGACUCGAGGCCGCCCACGAACCCCAAUACCGCUCACUUUACUUUCGACAUUGCGAUAAUUCCUCAGCUCUAUUUUGUCGCAACUCGAUGCCGCUGUCCCGUUACCCGACGAAAGGCAGUAGCGCUUCUAGAACGUAACCCACCACGGGAGGGCCUUUGGGAUGCGGGGCAACAUGUGGCGGUGUCCAAACGAGCGAUCGAGUUGGAAGAAGCCCAAGUAGACCAAACCACCGGCUGGCCGGUAGAAGAAGCGAGAUUAUGGAAUUGCAUAAUCAAGGCUGGGAUGGACGAAAAGGGUGGCUUCUCCGCGACAUUUCUGCCAGCCGCAUGGAUUGGGGACCUUGAUGCGAACGGAAAUCAGAAGAUGAUUCGCGAGUUCUUCAUUCUGUGA